AUGCAGCCAGUUAUUAGGAUUUGGGUCCCUCUUACCAGACCCCUCCGCCUUGGACCCUUCUUCUGCUUCUGCAUCUUCUCCGACCAGAGAAGCAAGCAACCACACGGAGGAGAUACAGGGUCUUUUCUUUUCUAUUCCAUUCCUUUGCUUUUCUUUUUCGGCCUCCCAACCCUCAACGUGAGCAAAGGCCUCGCGAUACCGACCCUGCCGCUUCGAAUAAUAAUAACAACAUUGCAAGCACGCCUGCGAGACGUUGUUCUGCCGAUAUAUCCUGCGGGCGCUUGGUUCAAGGCAACUGUGGCCGGUCCUCGAUUUUCCACCGCACUUUUGCUUCUGUCUCUCCCCUUCCGGCCAGCCUUCCCCGUGUGCGCUCUUGCACUCUGGACCAUUUCUGUGUGUUUGCGUUUGAUGUCAUUCCGUGCCGCCAUUGUUGUAUAUAGAGUUGGUCUGUUCUCGCGGCUUUCGCACAUUGCUUUGCUGUAUUUCUUGUCGUCUCGCCUGAUCUUGUUUCGUGUAUCUGAUUGUGUUGUCUCUACUAACACCAAAAAUCCAGAGGGGCUCUUUACUGAGUCGACUCAUUAUCUUCCAGAAAACCACACGGCCUUGGCCAACUCCCCUCUCCCGCCGAUCGAAUUCGUGCAACCGUCUCUCAUCUCCCAUUAG